AUGUAUUACUUAAUAAUAAUCUUCAUUGGAAUAGCUUGGUAUAUUUGGAGAGACAAUAUCAAGUGUAAACAUCCUAUAACUGCAAAGGAUACAAUUUUAAUUACAGGAGCAUGCAUGGGAUUGGGCAAAGCACUGGCGAUUGAAUGCGCAAAAAAAAAGUGCAAAUUAAUCCUUUUGGAUGUAAGAUCUGAUUUAUCCUUGGAUUUGCUUCAAGAUGUAAGAAGAGAAGGAGGCGAGGCCUAAUUUUUUAGAUGUGAUCUAAGUGACUUAUAAUCAACAAAGGAAUUAAUUUCAACAAUAAAAUAGAAAUACAAGGUCACUAUUUUGAUAAACAAUGCUGGAGUUGGAAUAUUCAAAUUAUUUGAAGACGAAACAAUACAGGAUGUGAUUAAAACUAACACAAUCAAUUACCUUGCACCAGCAAUGCUCACUUAAGAAUUUAUUAAAGAUAAUAUCAAUCAUAUUGUUAACAUAGGGUCUGCUGCAUCGAUUGUUUAAGGGAUGAAGAUAACUGCGUAUUCAGCUAGUAAACAUGCAAUGUGGGGAUUUCAUAAUGCUUUAAGAAUGGAAUUGAAAUACUAGAAUAGCAAAGUUCGCACUACACUAGUUUGUCCUUGGGGAAUAAAAACUGGGAUGGUAUAUAAGAAUCAUUAUAUUUUAUAGAUACAAGGUUUGAAAACUAAAUUGGAUUACUUUUUACCUAUGAUGUCUCCUGAGUAUGUUGCAUAAUGUAUCGUAUAAGCAAUAGAGGCAGGAAGAGAAAUUAUUUUUAUACAAUGGUAUUAAUUCUACAUUGCUCACAUAUCAAGAUUAGUAUCCAGUAAAAUAGUAGAUUGGUUUAUUUUGUUUGUUUAAGCAAAACAUGUGCAUGAGUUUAAGGGUAGACAUGGAUGA